UGAACAAAGUCGGCCGCGGUAUAAAAAAGCCAUCGCUGCGCUUAUCGCACACUCCAUCGCCGAUUUCCUCGACAUCCGGUACACGCAGACAUGAAUCUGACUCUUGCGCUGUCCUGCAUGAUCGCAGUCAUGUGGCUGUUCUGCGGAAGAUGUAAAGCAGCCCCUGGAUUAAUCACUGGCAUUCGUCGCAAUUUAGGAAAUCAUCCACAUAUCCGCGGAUAUGGCAUGGAAAGUCUCGUGAAGGACCUUGUGGAGGAUCUCGUCGGCGAGGACGAGGAUAACUUACGACUCAGCAAGCGGCAACAACUGGACGAUUACGGUCACAUGAGAUUCGGCAAGCGGUCCAACGGCGACGACGAGGAGUACGGGCAUCCACGAUUCGGCAAAAACAACGAGUAAAACGUCAUCACGCCGGGUUUCCCCUAGAUCGUUCGCACUCGCGUGCUAGAUGUAGAUAGAAUAUAUUUUACAUUGCAGCUAUUACGAUCGUGUGUCACGUUAUUCUACCUUCUCCAGUUCUUCUUCAUCUUCGAUCUUUAUGCGGCGAAUUAGUCUGCGCUUUUGAAAACUGCUGGCGAUCUAAUAUUACCUCGCAUUUAAUUUUGUAACUCUGCCGCUAUAAUUUCUUUUAGGACAUUACAACAUUUAAUGAGGCUUUUAUUGCGGAGAUAAAUCAACUUUAUAAACAGCCUUGAAAAACAAUUAAACGAACAUUAUAAAAAGAAAUUAUAAAUCACUCAACUUCUUUUGUAUGUUAAAAUAUACUGAAAUUGAGACACGAUGUGUGAAGUACUGAAAUAAAUCAGCUACUACUAGCCAAAAAAGAUAUUCCGUUAGUUCUUACAUAUCUUAUGUUUACGAAUAAAGAAAUAAUCAUUGCGUUCGUUU